CAAAAUUGUAGACGUGCUACCAAAAUCUUGUUUGUAGCUGUUGUUGCUGACUUUUUAUUUUUCUGGUUUUAUCAUAUUGAUAUUAUUGUUAUUAACGAUUAAUAAUGAGUGACAAUUGGCGACAAACAAUGAUGAACAUUACUGAUCGUAUAUUUCCAUCUCUUCCACCCGAAGAAAAAGUUGGGUCAGCUUUUGGUAACGAAAUCGUGUCUAGUCUUCCACUGCAAAUGUCACUAUAUUUUAACAUCGUAUACUUUCCAUUUUGGCUUUAUACAUUCUUAUCACUGAUUUCGUUUAAAUUGAGUUGUUUAAGCAUGUUGACGCAAACUAUAAUUUCCGUGUCUUUAUUUUUGAUAUUAAUUUUAGAAUGUGCUCGAUUGUACUUGGGUGUUCAAGGAAAUCUUAAUGAAAAAAUUCCGGAUUUGGCUGCAUUUUGGAUGUUUUCGUUAAUCCUCCAAUUACCUUUACAGUUAGUAUUUUUGUGUUUGAAUACUAUGCCUGUCGAAAUCGCUGUUCACAGUAUAAUGUGCAUUUUGCUUAUGUCACAACUCAUUUUUGGGUUCAUAGUUCUACGUGACAUGGCAAAACACCACAAACUCCGUUUCCAUGUAUCACAAUUUUAUUACAGCCAGCACAGCAAAACUGAAUGAACUAUAAAUAUGAAACAUGAAAUAUGUGAUCUGCUAUUGCAUUGUCUGUGUAAAAAUAUCAUUUUAAAUCAUCCAAACGCGUUAUAAUAUUUAGCUAUGGGUUUUCUAUUUUCACAAAAUUUAAUUAAUGCAAUUACAUCAAGUAUUUUUGCAUACCUUUAUUAAUAUUUUAAAUACAUAUUCAUAAUAGAUGAUUCGUAUUAUCACACUUUCGCAAAAGAAAAGCAAAUGUUUAAAAAUGUUUUUGGUUCGAGUUUUUUGUGCAUGCGGAUGAUGUUCGCAAGUAGGAUGGCAUCGUAGUGCAACAAAAGAACUUUGUUAAGGGCGAGUUAACGACCGAAAGAGGUAAAUGAGUCGAGAGAAGGACUGGUCGGGCAUAUUCAAACACCAGAUGGAAGAGAUAAUAGAAUAUUACGCGGAAACACAGAAGUAUUUAAUAUAAUAUUAUACAUGUGCGGUAUGUGUUCCAAGGGACGUUUUAAGGGUUAAACCAUUGUCUAGGGACUCCGGGAUACGCCAGUGCGCCGUUUGUCUUACAGUUGUGUGCGCCAUAUCUCCGCGUGUAUAAUAUAAUGAAAGUUAAUGAGGUUGAAAUGCAGAUUGCAAAGCAAGACGGUACCGUUUUCGCUGAUUAAUGGCUCCCCGUUCGCGGAGGAAACAAUGCGAUAAUAACUUUAUUACGCCGGACGAACAAGUCGUGUCGCUCAGGAAAUCCAGCCCAGAGUGUGUUAUCAGGUCUCUCGAGAUCUAUCUUAUGUUGUAAUCGCAUUGAUAUAAUAUAAUACAAUACUCCGACAGACAUCGGUUCGUUUCCAAUACUGUAAUAUAGCAUUAUUAUAAAUUACCAUGACGUAUACAGUUAUAAUAUAUCUAAAUAUUAAUAA